GAGAGAUCUAUGGGAUGAGAUGGAUGUAAUGGUACCCUCUCCAUCUUGUGAUUGUGUUGAAUCUAGUUCACAUGCUGAACAUGUUAAACAACAAAGGUUAUUGCAGUUUUUGGUAGGUUUGAAUGAGAGUUAUGCUCAAGUGAGGAGUUCUAUUUUGUUGAGCCCAUCUGUUCCAAGUGUAAAUCAAGCCUAUGCAAUGGCUAUACAAGAAGAAAGUCAAAGGAAGCUAGGACAAACAGAAGGAGGUAAAGAACCUCUCACAAUGAUGGCAGGAAGAAGUGCUCAACCACAUAAUUUCAAUGAUCAAGUGAACAAUAAUCAGAUGAACUUGCAUACUAAGAAGACUCAGAGUCAGAACUCACUUGGUAGAAGGAUGGGAUUAGUUUGUGAUCACUGUGGUUACAAAGGUCAUACCAGAGAAAGUUGUUACAGAAUUGUAGGUUUUCCACCAGAUUUUAAGAGCAAGAGGAAGGGUUCUGGAUCUAUGAAUGAAGCAUAUGCAAAUAAUUUUACUUCCGAGUCAUCUGUUUCUGGAUCUGGAUCAGCAUCAAGCUUCUAUUUUCCAGGAGGCUAUUUCACAAAGGAACAAUAUGAGCAAGUCACUAAAAUGUUAUCUCCUGCUCCACCUACAGGAAACUGCAGGGCUGAGGCUAAUGCUGCAGGCUCUCUUUACUGGAGAGGUGAUUGGGAUUGGUAAGGAGAGUGAUGGCUUGUAUAUUCUCAGACAAGAAGUAAUACCUACUAUUGGAGCAGCAUUCAAAAGCAAGAACUCAGAAGAACAUAAACUUUGGCACCUUAGACUAGGACAUCCAUCUUUGAAAGUAUUGCAGCAUCUACAUAUAUUGAAGAAUAAAUUGGUUGAGACUGUACAUGAAGAUUGUUUGAUUUGUCCUUUGGCAAAACAAUGUAGACUCAAAUUCCCUUCUAGUGUUACUCAUAGUAAUAAGAUGUUUCAGUUGGUACAUCUAGAUGUUUGGGGACCUCAUAAAGAUCCAACUUAUGAUAGAAAACAAUAUUUUCUGACUAUAGUUGAUGACUUUAGCAGAUUUACAUGGGUUUCUUUACUGCAAACAAAGAAAGAUGUAGUAGUUGUUUUGAGAAGUUUUAUAACAAUGGUUUGUAAUCAGUUUGAUUGUGCAAUAAAGGUGUUGAGAUC